UAUAUUUGACACAAUACCAAAAUUGUCAAACUUCACUUCGAGAGAAACGUCAUAAUUUUCUCUCACUAACGCCAUGCAAAAUUUCAAGUGAAAAGUUCUUGUGCCAUAAAAAUGUUAAGAAGUAUCCUACAUAAGACACCAUGAUUAUUCAACUUACCAAAUUAACGAGGAGCAUUUUCACUGCAAAUCUCAGAUCAGGAAGAAAAUGCUCCUUCGACAGACCACCGAAAGACUCCGUUGAAAGGAAAGUGAAGCGGAUCAACAGGACUGGACUAGCAGGAAUUGCAGCUAUUCUAUUCACGUCAUACUAUUUGAUCAGGGACAGUAACAAAAAAAAUAUCAAAAUCCAGAAGGAAAACUUGCAACAGAAAAAGCCUAUGACUGAGAUAGUGUCGAAUUCUAAUAGCCUGAACAUCAUUGAAAGUGACGAUAAAGACAAGACAGUCAGAGAGAGAUACAAUUUCAUCAACAAAGUCGUCAUGAAAUGCGCCCCAGCAGUUUUCUAUCUAGAAAUACGAGACCCCUACAAAAAGGACCUGGAGACGGGAGAACCUAUUGUUACUUCUAACGGUUCUGGAUUUGUCAUCAGCGAAGAUGGUUGGGCUUUAACUAACGCACAUGUCGUCCUCAAUAAGCCCCAAUCGACGAUAAGGGCGAUCAUGCGGGAUGGAAGAAGCUUCAAGGUGCAGGUGGAGGAUGCAGACAUGAGCAUUGAUUUAGCUCUGUUGAAGCUCGAGGCUCUGGAGAAGCUACCCAGUUUGCAGCUAGAGACCCCUGGAGAUACGGCCAUCGGCGAAUGGGUUGUUGCUUUGGGAAGUCCGUUGUCUUUGAGCAACUCAGUAACUGUUGGAAUUGUGAGCUGCGUAGAUCGUCCAGCCGAAGAGCUCGGGCUGAAGAAUUAUUCAAUGACGUACAUCCAAACGGACGCUUCAAUAACUUUCGGAAAUUCGGGAGGACCCCUCGUCAACUUGGACGGGAAUGUCAUCGGCAUCAAUAAUCUCCGAUUGACAUCCGGAAUAUCCUUUGCGAUUCCCGUGG